CUGAUUUUUGCAUCAAAUGUCAGUACCUAUUUAUCGAAAAUAAUUUUUUAUUUGAUAUCUUUAACAAUUUAAUCUCCCAUGGCAACUUACUUAAAUGCAAACGAUUUUCGCAACUAGCCGGUUUUUAGAAAUUAUAGAACAAAAAUUUGUUAUAAAUUCUACAGAUUUCAUCAAAAGCUAAAUUUGUUACUUUGAUUCCUUAGGUGUUUUCAAUUUGAAAAUUUUUAGAAGAUGGCUAGAAUGAUGAUGGCCGAGAAAACUACACAGGAUUGGAAGCAGGUUUUUCCUGACUUUACUACAAUAGAAGGUUCUUGCCUGUUUAUCAAAAAACUAAUUGCAGUUUCUUUGUCUUCAAUAACUUAUGUCAGAGGAAUUUUUCCUGAAAAAGCUUAUGGCAAUAAAGAUUUGAGUGGAGUUAAGCUUAAAAUAUUAAAUGAAGAUUGCGGAUUGAAAUCUGUGCAAAAAUUCAUCAAUUUAGUACGAAAUUGUUAUGAUGCGGUUGAGAAAAAAUACUUGCAACAGUUAUGCAUUGGGAUUGUUCCAGAUCCGCAAAAUAGAGAGGAAAUUUUAGAGCUUUACACUUUAGUAUUUCGUUACAAGGAUGAUGAAAACUCUGUCACUUGUAAUGGAAAAAAUCAGAUGUCAUCAAAAACCAUUGAUCCUGUAAAGCAAGCUACAUUGCUAAUGCUGAAAAAUGCCGUCUCAUUAAGUGACAUGUUAGAACCUCUACCAAAGGACGCCUAUUUAACAGUGAAACUACUUUAUUAUGAUGAUGUUACACCUCCUGAUUAUGAGCCUGUAGGCUUUGGACCAUGCCAAAAUGAAAAAUUUGGCUUUGUUGGAGAAACGAUGAAGAUACAAGUUGGCAAAAUUGAUACAGAUGCUCAUGGCUUCAAAUUCUACUUAAAAACAGCUUUAGGUCAAAGCAUGUCGCAGAACUGUGAUCAAAAUUCUAUGCUGAAUACAUCUCAAUCAAGCCAUUUGAAUACAGCAGAAAAUGAAGAACCUGUUAAUGCUCCUAAAUUAAUGCAAUGUGGAAAAACAAGUACUGCUGAAAAAGAAUCUAUGCUUGAAUGUCCUUGUAAAUCCAAAACAGACAAUACGUCCAAUACUAUAACAUGUUUGAGCUGCGGACGAAAACAGCACACUGUUUGCUAUGCUAUUCUAAAUCUGGAAGAUCCCCCCAAUAUAUUUUACUGCGCUGACUGCAUGCUUGAUAAUACUAAUGAUGACUCCAGCUUAGACUUGGUGUAUACUCUUCCAAAAGAGGAAAGAGAGGAUUUUUGCAUAAUGAGAAGAGCAUUAGUAUUCUGCACUCUUUGUAAAGUAAUAACAUGUAGUAGCCUACAGAAGAAGAUUCAUUUCUCAAAACCAGUUGCUACUAAAACAAUCGAGCGCUUACUAUCAGAAGGAUUCAUUAAAAAAUCUGGCAGAAAUAAAUAUACAGUUGAUGAAUACAGCAUAAGAAAUUUUGGAUUCGAAAAAUACUUUCCUGAUAAGGACAAAGAAAAUGUUGACACUGAAGUUUUGCACAAUGAUUACUCUCAGACUGAAUUUGAUGAUGUUGUUAAUGACUGCGGAAAUGGAAGUGACGAAAUAACGUCAAUCUAUGACACUGAAGAGUACAGUCAGACAGACGUUAUCGAAAAUUCCAUUAAUCAGGUGCAAGCUAUGAAUCUUGGUAAUGAUUUCGUAAGUGAAAAGCCUAUUCGCCUUUCCCAAGAGCGUAAACCUUUUUCGGAGCAGGCUAUGAGUAUGGCCAAUGAUUUAAAUGAGGAAAAAUUUCAUCGCUUCUCCCAAGAGCACAAAACUUCCUUGGUUAGAUCUUCUGUCGCAAAUCGAUCAUCUCAGAAAAGAAAGCUCUCCACUUCUGAAUCACUUUUGACUCCUGAUAAAUCAGAAGAACUUUUUCAAUCAUCCGCUUCGUACAGAGUUAAAAGAGUAAGAAAAGCAAAACGCUUCAUAGAGUGAAAGUCAUAGGCUGAAAAUUUGUCAACGUUUAUAAAAUUUGUUAUUUUCUCCGAGCUACAAUAUCUGUCUCUUAGUUUGUUGCAAAAAAGAUUCAUUUAUUUGCAUUUAAUUUAUUGUAUUCAUCAGCACAUUUAAUAAAAGUUAAGUAGUAC